AUGUCAACAGGAGAAGUGUUUACAGAAAGAGAAGAGCGGGAAAGCAUCGAGAAAAGCCCCGAGAUUUUAGAGAGCCCCGAAGGACUCCUAGAGAGCAUAACUGUUUCUUUUCUUUACUUAUCUAAUAUUUUUUUUUUUGUUUUUAUGAAAAGAGCAGAAGAAAGUGUGGUAGAAGAAAGAAAUCUUUUGGUUCAAAGCCGUUUCCAAUUUAUACUGCGCGGAUUCUGGCGGCCACAAAGAUGUCGCAAGAGGGGCGAUAGGGCAAGGUCACAAAAUGGGUUUCGGCCAAAACCGUUUCAAAAGACCUGGAAUUCGAGAGUGUUGCUUCAAAUCGGCUUUUCAAACCGAUUCUUGCCAAAGAACUGCACAUUUAGAAGGCAGAAUGCCAUUCCCACAAAAAUGGGUGCAAAAUGGACGUAUGUACUGCAGAUAGUCCGGUUUCUCCAAUGCCGUUCGUCUGACCCAUUUGGAGAAGCUAAUGAGAACGAGGAGGCUAGUAGGUGCUUGAUUGUCACUUUUGGAACUUUGGGAGAUGUUUGGUGUGUUUAUUGGCUUGCCAAAACGGACCAUGUCCGCAAUCGCACAAAGCCACUUGUGACCAAACAUGACAUCAAAACGGAGCCAAAAGUACACUCUUCAUCAUCAUGGAUGACUAUUUCUCUUAUCGCCAAACAAGAUCUGACAACUAGAAGAGACCAGUAUGUCAUUGCAUCAGGAUCAAUGCAUUUGUGUCAUUUCUUCAACACAUCAGUAAUCGGCACAUUACGGUAUCAACAACAAUGA